AUGUCUUUGAACGUGCUCAGAUGCCUUCCUCGCACCGUCAAGGCCAACCGUGCAAGACUUUUCUCGACGACACCCCCACCGCCCCAUCCGAAGCACUGGCGACCAGCGACAACGUUCGCGGCAGUAGCAGUCGCUUCUGUCGUCGCAGGAACUCUAGGGGCACUGUUUCCGCCGCCUCCGUUGUCGAUCCUCUUCCCUCGACCGGCACCUGGACCUCCUGAGCCUGACACUCCAGAGUCAAAGUCCUACUGCGAGAGUAUCGAGGAGAACCUGCAGAACCUACCCCUUCUGAAGGAGCUUCGCGCGUCGGCCGAUGCCAAGGGCUGGUACGAAACACGGCCGUAUCAAGGUUUCCCUGAAGAGAGACGCGUCAACAGCUUGUCUGCAGGAACCCUGCGUGGACCCGGGAAGUUUGCGAUAACGCCCUUGAUUCGGGCGAAGCAUGAUGAGACGGAGAGUAUCGUGUUUGUGCAUCUCGGGAGGGCGCUGUGUGGGCACGAUGGGAUCGUGCAUGGAGGGCUGUUGGCAACGCUUUUGGACGAGACACUUGCUAGAACAGCGGUUAACAACCUGCCCGAGAAAGUUGGUGUAACGGCAACACUUUCACUCAAUUAUCGGGCGCCCACAAUGGCUGAUCAGUUUGUGAUUGUCCGGACAAGAAUCGGAGAAGUCAAAGGACGCAAGGCGAACGUGACAGGCCAAGUGGAAGACAUGAAGGGCACCGUGCUUGUCGAAGCCUCCGCCAUGUUCGUCCAACCGCGUUACGCGAAACUGUUGCACAGCGCCCAACUGCGCAAGGCGAUGGGUGAGCCUCCGGAGAGGAAAGAUGGCCACGACGAACCAGUCCUACUCGCGGAUGGGCAAGACCUCAAUCCUGGCCACAAGCAUCUCUAG